AUGUUAUGGCCUUAAUCUAUAUUAAAUUAAAAAAUAAGGAAAGUUAUCUCAUAGCUUAAAUUUUUGAAGAAUGAAUAUGCUAAAAAUAAUAUAUUAAUAAAAUUUAUUACAUUUAUGGGGGUUUGCACUAGUCACUCCUAAAAAUAAAGAAAAAUAAAAGAAGAAGAAAAAAACGAUACAAUCCAAUAAAACAAGAAUUCUAAUAAUGAAACGCUAAAAGGAAAUUUAGAAAAUGCCUAUAAACUCUCAAAAUCUCCCUCAAGCUAAUUUUCACAUUAAGGAAUUUAAAAGUAAAAAAUUGAUAUGAGUAUGAUACUGGAUAUUGCAAGAAGAAAGAGAGGAAGUGUAUAAACUGAAAAAAAAUCAUAAUAUAGUCAAGAGAAAAGUGAAUAUUCUAAUAAAAAUAGAUCAAAUAAGAAAACCUUUAAGGUGAAUAUAGCUUUAAAAUAAGUCCCUCUCUAAUAAUGUUAUGAAAUAUUGAGUUAAAAUGGAAAUAAUAUUUAAUUAAGUCAUUUAAUAACAAAAAAAUUGAGAGUCGGAAUAUUAUACGAAAAUAAUCCAUAAUCAAAAGAACUUAUUCAAUAAAUUUUGGAAUUGCAAUUAGUAAUUUAUAUAAUUAUCGAAGUUUCAUCCAAGAUUAUAGAAUAUCAUUGAAAUAUUAGAAUUCGAUAAUUAAAUUUUAAUUGUAAAGGAACAUUUUGAACAUAAGGAUUUAAGAACAAGUCAUAUUGAAAAUUAAACUGAAAUUUUAAAAUAAAUCAUAGAAGCUAUUGAAUAUUUGCAUUAAAAAAAUAUAAUUCACGGCUAUUUAAAUAUAGAGUCUUUUCAAAAAUGUGCUACAAUAGAUAAAAUUAAAUUAAUAGAUAUUGAAAAAGUGUUAUCUAAGCCAAAACAUAGAGAAGAAGAAAUAUAAUAUUUUUCACCUGAAGCAUGUAAUAAAGGAAAUAUUUAUACAAAGUAAAGAGAUUGUUGGGCUAUUGGAAUAAUAGGAUUAGAAUUAUUUGCAAAAUAACACCUUUUUCAUGGAAAUAGUUUUGAAUUAAUUUAGCAAGACAUUCUAACUAAUAAUUAAAUAAUCAUUUAAACUAUAUUGCAUAAAAUUGAAAAUGUCCAAUUAUCAGAGCUAUUAUAAUUAUUACUGAAUUCAUAAUAAAAAAGCAGAAUUUCUUUAUAAAAAGCUUCAGCACAUAUUUGUUUUUAAUCUAAAUAACUCAUAAGUAAAAAGAGAUUAUCUUAAAUUAUUAAGAAAGUUUUUGAAUUAAAAAAGAAAUCAUGUAUCUAUUAAUGCUUAGCUUUAUUUAUUUUAAGAAAUAUUAAUAUUGAAUUUAAUGAAGAUAGAGAAAGUUAGUUAUUUUAUGAGAUGGAUAUAUCGAAUGAUGGGAAAGUGUGUAAAAUAGAAUUAAUGGAAUUUAUGAAAAAAAAUAAAUAUACAGAGGAAGAAAUUGUUAAUUGUUUUAUAGAGAUAGAGAAAUGUAAUGAUGGAAUUUGUUUUGAUUAUAAUGAGUAUAUUACUUCUCUCUUUGAAACUUCUACAUUUCUAAAUGAAGAUUAACUCUAAGAGGCUUUUUCAUAAUUAACAUAUUCUAAUUAAGGAAUAACUCUAGGAAAAAUGAUAUCUCUAUUUCCUCAUCGUGAAGAUGAAUUAAAAUUAGAUUUUAAUUAAUUCUAUGAUAAAAUUGUAAAAAAAUAUAAAUAAUUUUAGAUAACAUAUCCUACCUUUAAAUAAAUAAUGUGUAACUGA